GCUACUUGCAAAUCACCCAAGGCGCCAUUCUCUCUUUUUUUUAAACCCAAGAUAUCAACCUCACGUCGUUUGGACGCCAAAUACGAAAAUCACUAUACGCGGUCUCACGUGAGGAACGCGGGGCGCGUCACCCAUAGCGACGGCGUGAAUUUCAACUAGACGCCACAAGAGCCCCUUGUCCAGAGACAAAGUGACGACAUCCAUGCGGGCCUGAGAAACACUCACCAGCCUGCGACUCUCCUUCCGGCCAGAAUUUGGAGGAUCUCGAUCGCGGUUCAACAUUGCAUGCAAAGAUUCAUGCCCAAAGACGUGCCACCAUGCGGGACGCCGAUCAGAAGGCGGACGUGUUUAGGCCGUCCUGGGAGGAGGAUACGAUCUACUGCGAAGCAACCUGUGCACCCGAAGAUGUAUUUUACGAAGGAUCCGACGAUGAAGACUACGACGAUCCGACUUCUCGACGACUUCGAUACGAGGCUGCGGGCCAACGGUUCCUCGACGGAAGCACGCCCCUUUUACUUACAGCAACAUUAAAGGGCCCGUUCGACAGAAGUUCAGGAUGGAACAACCCCUGGCGAUCGAAGCACCGCACAGCUGGAACAACGCUAGGCACGAGGACGUCCCCUCAAAAGCCUUCAAGGCAAUCGAAGCAUCAACGGAAUGCGUCCAUCCCUGAGACGAUCCAGGUUGGGCCGCAAGACUCCAUGGAGUGCCAUCUCCCCAGCCCUGAAAGCCUUAAGCAGGCUCCAGUUGCCGAUAUUCACCCAUACUUGGAGGAGGAGGAGCUAGCAAUGGUCCAGAAUUGGAGAACAGCUGUGCCGCCAGUUGCAAAAGAUGGUUUUUGGGCUGCGACACCAACGGGGAACAGGUCUGAGAGGAAGAGAAAAGCAAGAGGAUCUGAAUGGCUACGGAAGUUAGUAAGCAAACGGCGGCGGACAGAACUCAUGGAGUCGGGAUCUAUCGACACCCCAAUUCCACGACGAGCAGGCUUCCACCAAGAGGAUUCGGGCAUUCACCUUGGACUCAACACCUCUUUCAGCAGUGUCCCCGACCGACUGCCCUCAUCGGCUACUGCUUCAACGCGGUUCCUACGAAGGCAUGAUAGUGCCAACUUUGAGGGCACAAACACUGGCAGUGACGAUGAGCUUCUCGACACAGUCAACGUCUCUUUCAGCAGUGCACCAAGUCGAUUACAAUCACCAGGCAAGCGCUUCUCACCCAGCCGGAAUCGGAAGCGUGCCGCCUACGAAACAAAGGAAUCGGAGGACGAACUUUCCCUGGACAAGGCCGCCAUGAAGGCUGCUGCAACUCUGUCGUCACCUGUAUCACAGCAACGGUUUUCUCAGGUUUUGCCUCAAAAAUCUCCUCGUCACACUUUGUCUCAGCAGGUGCUUGCGAAGCAGUCUCCAAAUCCACCAACAUCCUCGCUCACGUCAAUGAUGUCUGAAGACUUCGAUGAAGAAUCUGUACAAUUCGAAACUCAGAGAGACGAGAGUUUCUGCUUCCGUAUGCCGGCAAAGACUACAAAUGCCGACGAAAUCGAUCAGAAUGAUGUUAUGGAGACAGAGUCAUGGUCUGGGUUGUCAUCUUCAGAUGAUACAAAAGUGGAGCCAUUGUCUGUGGCAGAUGACUGUCUCGAAACCAAAGUCCAAAGUCCAAAGAUCAACAGUCCGUCUGUCCUCCCAGACAGUGGGGCCAUGGAAAUCAGCAAAGAUGAGGUGUCUAGCGAGUUGUCAUCAUUGGGCAGCGAGGACUUUGCAGGCUUCGGCGUCGAUGCUCGUGGUGCUGAUGUCGAGAUAGCAAGCGAUUCAGAUGCAUCAAGAGCUUCAGACACGGCGAGUGCUUCAGACACAGCAAGUGAGCCAUCCUCGGAAGCUCGGGAUGCCAUUGCCAAGGAUGUCGCGAAUGAACAGCACCUGUUGCAAGAUGUAUCGAGCGAGCAACCAUGUGAGAUCCAAGCCACAGAGAUUCAGGAUCAAUCAAUGUCUCAAGAUGACAUAUCGGAUGACGGCUCUGAAGAACAGGAGGAAGAAUCGGGUGAUGGGACAAACGAUGACGUCCCUUCACAGGCUUCGUCUUCGCAGGUUUCGGAGCAUGAAGCAUUGGAGCAAGAGAUACUGGGCACUGUCCCAGAACGCCAGGUUGAGCCUUUACAGUCUGGGCCUCUGCGUCUCCUGAAGAACUCGGUGAAGCGAUUUGUUCCAAAGACUUCUUGGGCAAUGUUGUCUUCCUUCACCGGACCUGUUUUAUCGCCUGCGCCGACAACUGAAACCGAACCUACUAAGUCCUCUCAUAGUAUCGUUUCAAGUAUGGCCUCGCAGGAGAUCCCUACCUCGGGGGAAAAUCUGCCCAACUCCAUUCAAGAGGCAAAUACCUCUGAACUAAUUCAGCGGGCUUGCGACGAUACACAUAUGGAAGAGUCUAUUACCUCCACACCUAGAAGUCAAGCUUCUUCGCCUAUGUCUCAACCAUCAGAACGUCAAACAACCUUUGUACAAAACGACCAGAUGGUAGUAGACAACGCGAGUCAAGAAGCUAGGCCACUUCCUGUCUCACAACAAAGCCCUUGGACUGAAGCGAAACUGUCGCAAAUGGCAUUGCUCCCUGCGAACCACGUCGUUCAAGACCUCGAUACCCCUCACAAGAUUGACGACGCCUCUCCCACGGCAUCAACUCCUGUCCAAACUCCUUGGGCAAUCUCUGAAAAACUGCCGGGUAUGCCUCAAGACCACACGCCGAACAUUGAUAAUGCAGACCGACUGUCAGCGUUGCAUAGGCUCGCCACAACAUCUGCUUCCAGCCAGAUGCAGAAUCACUCCACCUCCGUCACACCAGCCAUUACACCGUCGAUAGGCAUACGUGCAACUACACCAGAACCCCAGUUUUCAGUCAUAUCAUUCGCUUCAUUUAUGUCACCAUCUCCGAAACGUCGACCUCGUAACUCAAAGCGCGCCUCCUGGCGAGACUCGGGGUCCCGCCUACCCAGCACGCAAGGCAUCCUCGCAUCUGCUACCAAGAACCCUUGGGACGUCGACAUGUCUCAACGCCGCACCUCUCGCAUAUCUUGGGCGCCUCUACCCCAUGAGACGUCGAGCCCAACCACGGGUGAAGCGAUGCCGUCGUCGUCUUUGGAGGAGGCAAAGGUGAGACAAGCAUCUCCACCACCGCCAACACCCAUCGCGGAGCUACCUGCCCACGAAGAUGACAGAUUUGGCAAGCAUUUCGCAGCUGUUGUGUGCAGAACCAAAGGGGGGCAAAAACGUCUACUGCCCUCAGCAUCUCAACGCACUCUCAACAGUCCAGAGGUGCAUGCCAUGGCUGAGACGUUCCUCGCUGUUGACCAACUCCGGAACCCAGGCAUCGAGGGGCAAAGCCCGGAUUAUGCCGGCAGUCAGCGUCAGUCUGAGCGCAUCCAAGAGUCACAGGAGCCCCUAGAUAUUGUGGAAGACGUCAUCCGCGAGUUGGGAGGCUAUCUGGAUACAUGGAAUGUGGAUAUGGAGUUGGACCAGGCUCGGAAGGCAAGCAACAUGCAGAUGCCUCAGCUUACACAGAGCCCGUGGUGAAGCUGAGACUUUUGAGUCGCUCAGGAUUUGAUUUUCUUUACUACCUUGUAAUCAUACCCGUACAGAACGAGUAAGGAGCUAGCUUGUGAUUUUGAGUUACACGAAAUAUUGGGCUACGCGGCUCGAACGUGCCAGGAGUUAGGGUUAAAGGACUGGCAGGACACGACUGGACGAAACACAGUAGCCAAUGGGGUGGCUCGGCGUUUGUAGCAAGAUACCUCGUAUUAUUUCUUCGGAGUCGAAUUGAGAGCCGUUCUUCCG